CUUCUACGAGUACGACUCUACUUGACCUGUUAUUCCCCUCCAACCUGCGCUGCUUGCACUACAGAGCCGAAUUCGUAGCUGAGGUGGCGUAUCUGUUCUCCAUUUCAAAGGAAACGCUCAUCCACCGAGCGAGGGUGUCUGAAGGGUCGACUGGCCUAGCUUUCUCCUUGUCAUGUUCUACUAGACGCCUCAUUCUCCUACAGAAACAUCUCUCUAAUGAUUGCUCCGCUUGACUUGCACGACAACAAUGACUCUGGAUUCUCCUCGAUGCUGCCCGAGCUGGCUGAAGUAUGUCCGACCCUCUUCUCCGCAGAGGAGUCCGCUCAUUUCGAAACUGAGAUCUCGAUGGAUCCUGUAGCCGGCUCUGUGCCCGGUUCUCCCUCUCCCUCGUUUCCGAGAACGGGAACUGAUACGCUCUCCCCCAAUGUCUUGUCGCCCUCUUCAGCAUCUAGCCCAUUGCCUGCUCUGGAUGCCCAUGGUGAAGCAGCCACCUCCGGAUUACAGUUCGAUGAUGUACCUGCUGACAUAGCUGCCGCUGACAUCUAUAUUGCGCCUGACGGAACGUUCAUCGAGACCUCCUCCGGUGCUGCUGCGCGAUGGCUUAAGAAACGUUAUGAUCAGUACCUCGGCGUCGGCAAGGACGUCCGUUCGCCAUACGCCAUCACCGCGUUCAUCAAUCAACACGGGAAGGAGAUGUUUCGGGUCGGUGCCAGAGAUCUUUCUGCUCCGGCCGCGGCUGCUGAGGAGAUUGAGAGACGUACUAACGGGCACGAGGCCUCUACUCAUCCUCCUCACCUUCCGCCGCAUGUGUUCUCCGCACAGGUUAGGCGACGUUCUCGCAUGAGCGUCCACUCAUUUCUCCCCUCCGCGGUCUUCAAGAGCACUGGCAUGCCCGUGAUCGUUCCUGUAGCGCUAGAUGGUAGUCGCUCUCCUCCCCUCAGGAAGCUCAGGAAGACACGCUCAAUACCGAACAUUGGCGGUGGUUCCGAUGUGUCUCCUCACGUCGCUCACCGUACUUCAACUGGUCGACCACAUGCGCAUAGCGUGUCAAGUGCUGAUAUUUUCUCCCCUCCCAUGUCCACGCCCAAUUCCAAAGCUGUGGAGCCUGGUAGGGAUAUCUUCGCGGAUGUCAUGCUCUGGCGCACGCUUUCGGCGUCUCCUUCAACGUCCAGCUCUGUGCUGCCUCCCUCGAGCGGUGUCCAAUCUGCAGGUAAUGGGAGUACGAGCGAGCAGAAUGGAGCCGAGGAACAACAUAUCAUUAUGCACCCAUUCGGCCUUGGUGUCUGCUUUGACUCACCGUCGUGGCGCGCGACUCCUCGGUCUGAUUCCUCUCCUACGUUGCGUGAGAUGCAGUCUUUCGAGUCUGGCCUAACUGCACGAGCAGAUCAGCGGUCUACUCCAGCAGGUGACGGUACACCUCGGAUUGCUGAUCGACCUGACAAGCCUGAUCGGCAGCCACCAAAUACUGAUGCCCUACCAUCAACUUCCUUCAUCCCUCACCUAGGAGCACACCGUGCGAGCGCGCCGUCAGAGGAGACGAGCAUGCACUCACGGUAUUCAACAGAGGUCUUCGAGGUCCUGCAGACCUCCCGAGGUUUACCUGUCUUGGAGCGACUGUCGCCAACGUCUCAUCAAACGACCAUCAAGCUGUCGCUGAAAUCAGACGACAGCGCGGCUCCUCGCGAUGAUCCUCGUUUCGUUAUAUGGGGAGAAGUAGAGCCGGAUGAAACCGAUGAACCGAUGCGGACUAGUACGCGUUGUCUGCCAUCUAGACAAUCUCGCAAGAAUGGGAUGUCAAGAGCGACGUUCGCAAUGAGCCGAUCAGAAUCAUCAUCGGACCAAGCUACAGAAGGGCCUACCAGGAUGCUCGUCGCAGCGACGAUCGAGAGGUGGAUCGCUCAGCUCACAAGUGAUCUGAACUAUGACGAGCUGCUCGCUUUUUUCCUCACGUACCGGACUUACGUCUCUGCUUUGGACUUGGGCCAUCUUCUGAUCUGUAGAUUCCACUGGGCACUGGGCGAGCCGAAGAAUGCCCGUGAUGAGAUGGUUCGCCGCAUUGUGCGUGUCCGUACGUUCACUGCGAUGCGUUAUUGGGCGGUGACCUUCUUUGAUGCCGACUUUGUCCCAAAUCGGGAGUUGCGCAUCCUAUCUGCUAACUGGCUUAAUUCCUUGAGACGAGAUCCGAUUCUGCAAAGGCACAAGGAUGCGUUUAAAAUUGUUCGGCAACUCCGCAAGGUGUUCUUGGAAUGCAAGGAUGCUCAUCUCCGCAGGAACACGAAACAAGCAGGGCAAGUCCGCAACGCAGAUCGAACUGGCAACCGAGUGCCCGCCGUUGACUCAUCAUCCCAUGCCCACUCGCUUGACAUGACGGGACGGUCGUCCGAGGGCAACGCAGAUGAUUCCGAUAUAGACUUGGACUUCGAUGAUGGAUACGGUGGCACUGAACAUAGUUUAGGUGUCAACGCGCCUUCGUCUAGCCGGAAUACCUCUGGUCCGCUUGAUCUCGCUAUGCUCCGUCAGCCCCUCCAUCUUACAUUCCUUCAGUAUGGAAAGAAGAGCUCGAUAUCCGCCCUAUCCGCCGAGGUGCCUCCUCCGAUCCUCCUCCCGGUGCCACACAGCACGUUAUCCCGCGUUCUGGUAAACACAAUCGGUCGGCUUGGGCGGUGGAAGCGCGUACUCAAUCCACGAUCGCCUGGUCGGGCAGUCAUGAACCCAUGUGUUGAUGUUUCUGCCUUCGAUGUGGAGGCUAGCGAAACUGGCGACCUGCUUUUGGUUCGUGGAGGCGUUGAGCAGUACUUAAGGAUGGUUGAGAAUCAGUUCUCGCAAGCUACAUUGGUUGAUGGACACCAUUCACUCGGAUUUCCCUCUGUCGCGACACACACUCAAGCUGACUCAAACCCGCCCAAUGAUGAUUCACAGCUACAAUUAGAUUCGAAUGUUCGUGCCGAUCCUGGUGAAGAAUUGCAACAUCCAGAUGAAGACUCUGCCCCCGCAUCGACGUUACCCUCUCGGCCCAUUUCUACUUCAACUCUCUUCGUCGAUAAUAUUGAGACCUCUACCACACCCGCUCCUAAUAACGAAUCUUCCUUACUCAAACAGCAACUGGACGUCAUAUCGAUCGAUGAAAUGGAUCUAUCCGACCUCUCAUCAGAGGAAGAUGCCGGACUCGCCUCUCCUCCCGGCCUCAGGAAAUUACCUCGACGACUGCCUACCAGGCGUGAUUUUGAAUUUGUCCGCCAUUCCGUCGAUAGCGUCUCUUCGAUGGGUAUUCGCUCCCGGGAGUCUUUCAUGUCUACCGGGUCGACUACAUCUGUGGGACCUGAUGUGGGUACUGCCAUCCAACAAUGGCAGAUGAACGCACUCGUAGAAUCAUUAAGCGAUGAUGAAGGAACAGGGGAUGUUGAGGCUGCACUUCGUCGCCUGGAAGGACAGAUCAGUGAAGAGCAUCAACGUGCGAAACAGUCGAAAGUUGACAGAUGGGUUCGGGCGAUACGGCAGCGUGGCGCUGCUGGUCGUGCAAGCCCUGAUCCCUCCGACCACUCGUCCGAUGAGGAUUAUGGAGAGCUUCGUCAUUCCUCGCAAUUUGGGGCACCGGAGGAUGGCACAUACCAAUUUACCGAUACUUCUUCCCUCAGCGAGAGCAACGGUGCUGACGUCCCCGUAUGUUCUAUGGAGUAUGUCGAGGUCGAAUCGACCGCUCCUCUCGCGCAAGAAGCAGCUGACAAUGUUCACUCUCCGGUCGCCAGUCCGGGCUCUGCGAGUCCUGUGACGGACACAAGGCCUGCUGUAGAGGACGCUGUCCCGCUUGAGAUUUUGCAGAGCAGAGUCGAUUGUGGGCUGCUGCCAAACUCGAACGCUAACAACAUGCCGCGUCCGAUCGCGGUAAGCGACACGUCAAGCCUUGCGCACAUUCUGCUGCCCGAGAACGUCAAACGGCAUUACUCGUUUGUGCUGAACUACCGCGCAGAGACACUUAUACAACAUUUCUGCAUGAUCGACCGCGAAUUGUUCCUGAACAUUCGCUUUGAGGAGCUGGUCUCGCCGCAUUUUGUAGGUCCUGCACAUGACACGAAUGUCCUUGACUGGGCGCACUUUUUGAGGGAGCGAGCUCGUCUAAAAGCGGAGGGUCGGGUUGGAUAUCAAACGGCGUCCCUGACUGUCGUACGUGGACGAUUUAAUCUGACAGCCAACUUUGUGCUGUCGGAGAUCGUGCUCACGCACCCGAGCGAGCGGAUACGCGUCAUAACGAAGUUUAUACGCCUAGCUUGGAAAGCAUACGAGUUGAAGAACUUCAACAUGCUGGUAGCUUUGGUAGCUGGACUGCGGAGUCAUUGGGUCCAGAAGGCCAUGAGGCAAUCUCCAGAUCGAUUGCGAGUUAAUGACCAGCGCAUUCUCAAUGACCUUACGAGUUGGACGUCCAAGACCGGUCACUUCAUGUACAUUCGACAAACGGUGGAAGCUUUGGCCGAGGCGAAGCCCAUCGAGGUACGAUCACGAGACGCAUCUGUGGCCAGUACAGAUAGACAGCCUGCAAGAAGCAGAGCUGUCCCGGAAAACAAGCCCUCCUCUCCUCCGGCUUGUGUGCCCUUCUUCGGUGUCUACCUUUCUCAGUUGCAACUCUACACCCAUCUGCCUGACUUGAUUGAUCCCACGGCACCACACGAGCCUGUGGGUAUUGAUCCCAUCACGAAUACCUUUGAUGCCCCCGCACACCCAGAAGUGUUCUCAACUCUUGCGCCACUGCCUCCCUCGAUGCAACUGGAGCCGCUGAUCAACGUGCACAAGCAACGGCUCAUCGCCAGCGUCGUCAAGUCGUUCGUCGCCGCCCAGCACCUCGCGUCGAGAGUGCAGUAUCCGCUGGAGAAGAAACUCUUCCAGAAAUGCCUCAAGCUUCGCGGACUGGAUACGGACACGCUGGAACGCGCACUCGCCCUGUAUGCUGAUAUGAAAUGACUGAUCUUUCACGCCCACAUACGAUUUCCCAUGCUAUUAGAGUGUAUGCCUAACGUCGGUUAUGCCAUCUACGAUUGGAUGUCGAUAUCACUGUUGUCAUGCUUUUCCGUUUGUACUCUUCAAAUUCGCUUACCUCUGUAUUGUAUGGGACAGGAGGUGCGUAGCGUGACCUCGCGUAAUAGGAUUUGGUGAAGCAAGGCGGUUGUUACCCGUGC